AGGAGUGAAGGAAGCAAUUUAAGGGGAAAAAAUUACAUAGCAUCAUUGGUAUUUUUCCAAGACACAGUCACUCGUACCUGACUUUCUUUUUCUUCCUUCCUUUCAAUUUUUCCCCACUUUCUCUACACUCUCUUUGAUCCCUUCUCUUCCCAUGAAUUCCCUUUAGUCUCUCCUAAUCCAAAUCCCAAUCUCUUUCUCUUAGAUCUCAAUUGGGUUAUGGAAACGGUUUUUAGCCCCCGCACUGUUGAAGAGAUCUUCAAGGACUAUAGCGCCCGAAGAACCGCUGUUAUUCGUGCUCUUACUCAAGACGUCGAUGAAUUUUACGGCCUCUGUGAUCCAGAUAAGGAAAACUUGUGUCUCUAUGGACUUCCGAAUGAAAACUGGGAAGUAACUCUGCCGGUGGAUGAAGUUCCGCCGGAGCUCCCCGAGCCGGCACUUGGAAUCAAUUUUGCUAGAGAUGGCAUGAAUCGAAGGGAUUGGCUUUCGUUGGUUGCUGUGCAUAGUGAUUCAUGGUUGCUUUCUGUGGCCUUUUACCUUGGAGCUCGCCUUAACCGCAAUGAGAGGAAACGUUUGUUUAGUUUGGUCAAUGAUCUUCCCACCAUUUUUGAAGUUGUGACUGAUAGAAAACCAAUUAAGGACAAGCCCGCCGUGGAUAGUGGAAGCAAAUCCCGAGGAAGCACCAAGAGAUCUAGCGAUGGGCAAGUUAAAAGCAACCCGAAGUUUGCAGAUGAGGGUUAUGAGGAUGAUGAUGAUGAGCAUAGUGAAACACUUUGUGGUUGCUGCGGUGGAAAUUACAACGCGGAUGAGUUUUGGAUUGGCUGUGAUGUAUGUGAGAGGUGGUUCCAUGGGAAAUGUGUUAAGAUUACCCCUGCAAAGGCUGAGGGCAUAAAGCAAUAUAAAUGUCCAUCAUGCAGCAUGAAGCGGAACAAGACUUAGGCUGAAGGCAAUAGGUAUAUGUGAGGUGAAUGCUGAUUUGUUGCUGACAAUAUACUGUAAUAUUGUUACAUCACUUGGAGAAGUUAAUGUAAUGGGGCGUAGUAGUCUAAUGGGAUUAAGUUUGUUUUCACCAAGAUGAAUUGUUAGUAUCUGUUAUUAUACAUUUACAGUAUAGAAUAGAAUAUGACAAAUUUUAAUUUGUCAAUUAAUUGAUAUUUUGCUUGAAUGCACACCAUAAUUUUGUUC